UGAGAAGCUGGAUGUGAGUGAAGCUUCCUUUCAUGAAAUAUUCCUAUGUGAAAGACUUCAUAGUGAGGGAAGACCUGUAUAUGCGCCCUCUCGGUUAAGUGAAUUAAAAUUAUCAAAACUUAAUGGGUUAAUGCAUCUUUGGAAGGAAGAAUCUCACCUCAAAUCGAUUUUCUACAACUUGAGAACUCUAGAGGUGCUUGAGUGUAUCAAAUUGGUGAAUUUAGUGCCAUCAGUUGUAUCUUUUGAGAACCUGCAGACUCUAGAAAUAUCAAAAUGUCAUGGACUUGAAAAUUUAGUGAGUUACUCAACUGCUAAAAGCUUAGAAAAGUUGAAAAGAAUGAGCAUAACUGAUUGUUACUUAGUGGAAGAAAUUGUCAAAUGCAUGGAAGAUAAUGUGAAGGAUGGCAUUGUCUAUAGCCAACUCCAGUCUUUGCAACUUCGCUGCCUUCCCAAACUGUCAAGCUUUUGCACAGGGAAGUGUGACUUGGAGUUCCCAUCUUUGAAAGAAGUAAUUGUGAUAGGAUGUCCACAGAUGAAAUAUUUUUCCUUGGGAAAGACAGUAACAAAGGAAUUACAAAAUGUUCAAUGGACAGAUUAUGAAGAGAGAGGACACUGGGUUACAUACCUGGAUGCGUCAUCUGGAAGUAUCAAAAUCUCUGAGUUUUCUGAAAUUGAAAUUUGGAAAAAGAAUCUUAAAGAAUUAGCAUUACUUUCCAAAAGGCUUCAGUAUCUAGAAGUUAGUAAUUGUAAUAGGUUGAGCUACCUUCUAACCCCUUCCAUGGUAUUGAGCCUUGUGCAACUCAAGGACUUGACAGUAGAAUACUGUGCAACAAUGGAACAAGUGAUCAUGGCUGCAAGAGUUGAGGAGGUCGUUGAAACUGACUUAAUAUUCCCACAACUAGAGUCCAUUUCAAUAGAGUCUUGCUCUAAGUUGUCAAGUUUCUAUGUGGGAAGUAAUACCCUCAAGCUUCCAAUGUUGAAGCAAAUUACCAUAAAAGACUGUCUUAAGAUGGUUAGAUUCGCUUCCAAAUUUUCAAGUGAGCAAGAGAAAGAGAUAGCUGAUGGAAGAAGUAAGGAAAUGGUUGAGUUUCCCAAUUUGGAGCUUUUGAAGCUAUCUUCACUUAACGUUAAUCAAAUUUGGAUCAAGAAUCAUGAAGAAAUCUCAUCUUUCAAAAAGCUUCAACGUCUAGAAGUUUGUAAUUGCAGCAGCUUGAGCUACCUUCUAACACCUUCCAUGGCAUUGGACCUUGUGCAACUCGAGGACUUGGAGAUAAAAGAUUGUGCAGCAAUGGAACAAGUGAUCAUGGCUGCAGGAGUUGAGGAGGUAGUUGAAACUGGCUUAAUAUUCCCACAACUAGAGUCCAUUUCACUAGACUCUUGCUCUAAGUUGUCAAGUUUCUAUGUGGGAAGUAAUGCCCUCAAGCUUCCAAUGUUGGAGAAAAUUACUAUAAAAGACUGUCUUAAGAUGGUUAGAUUUGCUUCCAAAUUUUCAAGUGAGAAAGAGAUAGCUGAUGGAAGAAGUGAGGAAAUGGUUGUCAAGAAAGAACCUGAUAUAUUCAAUAAGGCUUUUUUCUGUGAUGAGGUUGAGAUUCCUAAUUUAGAGAUGUUGACUCUGUCGUCAAUGAAUACAAAGCAAAUUUGGAAUAGUCAGCUUUUAUCAAUAUCUUCAUUUGCUCAAAAUUUAACUGAGUUGAAGGUGGUCAACUGUUCCAAUUUGAAGUAUAUGUUUACAAUCUCAAUGAUUAAAAGUUUUGUGCAACUUGAAAGACUCGGGAUUAGUGGAUGUGAGAUGAUGGAAGUGGUAAUAUUGAUAGAAAGGACAAUGGAAGAAGACAAGAUUUGCCAGACGGUGUUCCCCAAACUAGAGACCUUGACACUUAAUGACCUACCCCAACUUGCAACAUUUUGCUCCAAUUGUGAUUCUCUAGGAAAAAUUUCUGACUCUGAAAGAGUCAAUUUUGAUACUGUAUCACAAAAACUACUAGCCACACGAUCGACUUUGGUGGAAACAGAAGCCACCAAGCUUGUAUUUUCUCAAGUGACAGAGCUGCUGCUUAGACUCUUACCAAAAUUCAAGAGUUUCUUCCCUCAAAUGCAUAUCACAGAAUGGCCAUCAUUGAAAAGUUUAGUUGUGAUUGAAUGUCAUGGAGUGCAAAUAGUUGCUUCAGAAUUUUCAAGCACUGAGAUGACACAUGGAGACAGCCAACUUGAAAGGGAAUCUCAACAUCUCAUGUUUUGGAUUAGCAAGGCUACAUUUCCUAGUCUAAAACGGCUGGUUGUGAAAUGGAAUGACAAUAUAAAGAUACAGUGUGGACAUCAUCCAGAGGAGUAUUUUGGUAAACUAAAGGUUCUGCACCUCCUUGGCUUUCCUAAGCAAUCGGCUUUGCUUCCGCCUUUCUUCUUCCACUCUCUGCCCAAUCUCGAAAAGCUUCUUGUGAAGGAUGCUUUCUUCGAUGAAAUAUUCCAAUGUGAAGAAGUUACUGGUGAGGAAAAACCUGUAUGUGGACGCACUCCAUUAAGGAAAUUAAGAUUGUCCAAACUUCAUGAGCUAACACAUCUUUGGAAGGAAGAAUCCCAACUUGAAGUAGACAUUCUCAGAAACCUACAAACUCUAAAAGUGCAGGAAUGUAGCAGAUUGAAGAAUUUAGUUCCCUCCACUGUAUAUUUCGACAAUUUGCGGGCUCUAGUAGUAUCUGAGUGUCAUGGCCUUGUCAAUUUAGUGAGAUACUCAACAGCAAAAAGCUUGGGGCGGCUCUUUACGAUGAAAGUAGCCAAUUGUGAGAUGAUAGAAGAAAUUGUCGUAUGUUCGGGUGAUGCCGUGAAGGAUGGCAUUGUUUUCUCCAAUUUGAAUUAUUUGCAACUUAAAGGUCUACCCAGACUAGAAAGCUUCUGCUCAGGGGAUUGCAACUUUAAAUUCCCAGCUUUGAGAGAGGUCAUUGUUACAGAGUGUCCAAAUAUGCAGAUUUUCUCUCAGGGAGAACUAAGCGCACCAGAACUGCAUAAAGUGAAAUUGACAGGAGAUACAUAUGAACAUAUGGAUGGAGAUAUAGAUGAAGAUAUAGAGAAAAGAAUAGAUGAUAUUUUUAAUAAAGAUGAAGAUGAAGAUGAUGAAGAUGAAGAUGAUGAAGUUGAAGAUGAAGGAAGUUGGCAGGGAAAUCUUAAUAGCACUAUACAACAGUUGUUCAAGGAAAAGAAUGCCUAAUUAAGAUUUGAGGAAAGCAUUAAUAGUUAUUCUGAAAAGGAUAUUGUUAAUGGUGCUGAAGAUGGGUCCAAUGGAUACUUAGGUUUUAAUUGCACACUCACAAGAAGCUAGAGUUUUGUGCUACCUAGUUCCCAAGUUGUUUUGGCACUAAAAAGAAUCUUUUAAUUUCUUAAAUUCAUGUGUUACAUGAUUAUCAAGUAGUUAAUUCUUGAAGCCACUAGAGACCAUUUCAUUUUAUUUUUCUUCUUGUGUUUGUUUUAUUGUGUGAAAGAGAACAUUUGAAUUUGUUGUGUAACUUCAUUCCAAAAAGAGAUAUGAUUUGUGCACCAAUAAUGUCAUCCAUCUUAA